UGUUUUCUGAUUAUUGGUACUAAUUACAUUGUUGUGAACGCACUUGCGUACAGUCGUUAUUUGAUUAAAAUCAAUAAAUUCAUUAAAUAUUAAGUUACUAUCUGUUUACAUUGCGAGAAGAUAAACUUGAGAGAUAGAUGAUGUGCAGGUGUCCAAUAGACUCGACACUUGUUAUUUAUUAUUGAUCUUACAUCAUUGUUCAUAAAUGAUUGAUGUUCCACAUUUAAUAAUGAAUUACUUUUAUCGUGUACAUUGUUUUAGCUUUGAUAAGUACAUGAUAAUAAUUUGACAAAGAAGUAAUUUAUUGGCAUAAUUUAUAAUUAUUUGAUAUGUUGACAAUGAAAUCUGCUUUAAUAUUUGGAGACAAUUGUUUGCUGAACAUUCUUCUUAUUAUUUCAAUAUAAUAUCUCGGUUUUCUGCCUGUAAAGUAUCGGCAUCUUCGUAGAAAAUUCAACCAAACGGAUUGUAUCUUUAUUGAAUUAUAACCGUGAAACUCGUUCAUCCGGUUUCUCGGAUCUUUGAGAAGAAACAUACGUGGUUUUUGAUGCCCUAAACGUAAAAAUCUUGUUUUGAUAACGGUUGUGUGCUUCCAAUUCAAAGCUUCUUAUUCUUGAUAAGAUUUCACUAAGAUAUAGAAAAUAUAUCCGUAGCCUUUUAUAAAUCUAUAGAAAUCGCAGUAAACGAUAAAAAAGCUUAAGAACAGGUGCAAAAUAAUUACUCGUUACAUUCGCUUUUACGAUAACUGUAAGAUAUAAUCAGAAAAGCACGUGCAGAUUAAUUGUUUUUGAAAAAAACAAUAUCGUCGUUUUCUACUAUCUAAAACUGUUGCUGAAAUCUACCAAGUGAAAGCAAUGAAUUUUUAUAGACACGGUCAUUACAUUCGCGCAUGAAAGAUUGCAAAUAUUACAUCAUGUUGAAUACGCAGAAUGAGGUCAUAAUCAUGGUGACCAAGGGAAAGUAGGUAUUACUUUUCGUUUAACAGCUUGAAGCCAACGGAUAUGCAUUUCUGAAAUCAUUGAACGACUUCAACAUCCAUGUAUAAUAUCUCUGAAAAUUGUUAACCGAGUAUCUCUAUAAUCAUUUAUGAGUAAUGAAUAGGUCUAUUACAGCGUGCUCACGAAACGUAAAAAUGAUUGCGUAAAAGGUUUGUACCUUCCUUUGCAAUAACAACGAAUGGAAAGAAGAAGAACUCGGUGAAUGUUUCGUAUUGCAUUUGAGUUUCAGGUCACUAGUAUAAGGAAAAACGUUAUGAAUCGACGAGAAAACAGGGACAGCGAAGGAAACGCAAAGAAGGAGAGAAAGGCGAAGAAGAAGAACGUGGCGACAACGUUGUUAAACGCAAAUAUUCGAUGAAAACUCAAUGAAAGAUGCAGUUCGAGUUGAUAAGACAUUUGCUUUUUCUAAUUCUCUUUGUCCUCUGCAACGUCGAAGCUAAACGUUCUGUAAAACUUCUUGCAAUGAGAAAUCGUAUAAUGCUUCAUCGAGCGAAUGCUAAUCAUCAAGACCGAAAACCGAAAAUUUGCUACGGGUGUUUCGCGGAUCCACCAGCUGGCUUAUCGCUAAAACGACCACCUGAACAUCCCAACGUAAUUCAAACAAGAUUUUUAUUGUACACUCGUGCGAGACGAGAAUCUCCGGAUAAUUUGCAGUAUAGUGAUAAUUUUAGCUCGAUUUUGGAAUCACGAUUCGAUGCGACUAAAAGUUUGAAAGUUAUAAUACAUGGCUAUAAAGGAAGCGGAAGUGACGUCGGUACAAUCCUCAUAGUACAAGCUCUCCUGGACAUGGAAGACACGAACGUCCUAGUUCUCGACUGGACCAGAGGAGCUGCAACAACUUAUUCAGCAGCAGUAGCAAAUACCGAACUCGUAGGUCGGCAAUUGGGUUUGAUCCUCUUGGAUGCCAUCGGUUUAGGCUCGCUUCCUAAAAAUAUUCAUGUAAUUGGCUUCAGUCUUGGAGCUCACGUUGCUGGUUGUGCUUCCGAAGUUCUGAAGAAAAGGAAUAUUCUCCUUGGUCGUAUCACAGGUUUAGAUCCUGCGUCGCCGUUUUUCAGGAAUCAUUUAUUCAGAGAAAAGUCUAGAAAACUGGAUGCUACGGACGCUCAGCUUGUAGACGUGAUACAUACCGAUGGUUCCGAGGAUUUUGCCGAUGGUUUCGGGCUUUUGAAACCACUUGGUCAUAUUGAUUUCUUUCCUAAUGGUGGUAGAGAACAACCUGGCUGUUCUGACGUAAAGAAUUCUGUUGUUGUUAGUCACUUAAAUGAGGAAAUGCUGACUAAAGAGCUUGCUUGUAGUCACUUGAGAGCAUGGAUGUUCUUCUUCGAAAGCGUACGUAUGGGAAAUGAAUCCUGUAAAUUUAACGCCUGGCCUUGUCCUCAAGGAAGAAAUUCGUAUAUGAGCGGAAUAUGUUUUCCCAUGGAGUCUACACUUUGGUCCCAAGAGAUGGGCUACAGAGCUAAUUUUGGUCCUUUAGGAAUUUAUUAUUUGCCUACACGAGAAGAGCAACCAUUUUGUGGGCAAUCUCUUAGAGCAUCAGCAAUGAUCUCUGAUGACAAAUUAAAAACAUCCGGAAUACUGUUUUUGAAGAUCGCACAACAAAAUUCGACGAUAAUUUUUAAGCUUCGAUGCAUAGUAACGAAUCGAAAAUACAAAUCGACAACGAUUUACAACAUUGCCGCAGCGAAAUAUCAAUUUCUGCCGAGUAAUCAAGUUACGAUAAAGGCAUUGAUUUGGUAUCAAGCGCUCAGAAAUGAAGAAAAUGAAAAUGCAAUUAAGAAUUCUAAUCCGGAUACACUGCUCAUAGAUAAGAUUGCAAUUGAAGACAGAAAAAGUAACAGAUGGGAAUAUUGCGCUACAAAUACAAGUAUAAAUUUACAAGAAAAAACUGUGUGGUUACAUCGAGUAUAGUACAACUUUUUGUAGAAAGAUCGUCCAUUUUGGCAUUAUUUUACAAUAAUGUUUAUCCUUACUAUUAUGUCCAAAAUGUAAAAAAUAAAAUAGAUUGAACGAU